UGAAGUAGAUAGACUGGAUUUCCUCUCACACACUUUGGAUAUAUGGUAGGCUACUACGCUUCAAAGUUGUCAGUUUCUAAUUUAUUCUAGAAACGUGGAGCCUCACGACCACCGCUCACGACUCACGAGGACCCCUAGCGGCUGUUUGUGGACUCGCAAAGGAACCUGAAUGGUUCAUAUCGCUGGCAGCCAGCCACCGAGGCUCACAAUGAAGUGUGCUGCUCUUACCAAAGCGGAGAAAAUGUCCAAUUUUUAAACUACUUUUGAAUCGACUCCUUGCAAUGUAUGUGGACACAGAAAACGAGGUAUGACCUGCUGCGCUGAAUUGUAAACACUGACAAGAAAGGAGCGAGGUGAGGACGCGAAGAUGAACUCAGGCAUGAUAAAGCCACCUCUGGCCCCAAAACCAAAGCUGACCUCGACCCAGAGGCCAGGCCACUCUCCGGCAACGCCCAGGAAAGAUGGCCUCUCGCUCCCGUCUCCUGGCGCCCAGAAGAGGGUUAAACCAGUACUGGCCCCCAAACCCAGCCUCUCCAAACUCACCCCUGCUGUGGAGUCCAAGCCGCUUGUGACAAAGAGCCAUCCCCAAAUAUCUGUGAAAGAAACCCCACUGAGGACUGAGGGUCUUCUCAACUCCCAAAAUGGAAUACAGCUAGAGAACAGAAAAACAGAUUGGGAUUAUAUUAUUCCUAUUUGUCUGUGCAGCAAUGGAAACUGCUUGUGCAUCCAAAAAACAUCCGUUAACAACGUGGAGAAAGACUUGAACAUUUUGCAAAAGGGUCAACCUGAAGAUAAAAGGAAGCCUCUCCCUAAACCUGGAGUUUUUGUAGAUAAGAAAGGAGAACGAACGGACAACCAUAAGCUGCUUAAAGAAACAUUUACUUUGGACAAAAAUCACAACACACACAUUAACGCAGUGACCCUCAGGCCGUCCUUUCCUCAUAGAACCUGGAGUGAUGAGGCAAAUGGUAAUGUGAUAUCUCAGAGCCCACCUGGGUCAGUACCAGAGGAAGAUGCUCUUGGCUCGGAGCAGAAGUCUAAAUCAAUUCCAGCAGCCUCUAGGAAGCCAGUCCCUGUCCCUGUACCACGGAAACCCCGGCUGGCUGUCCUGACCGGUCAGGAAAAGGUGGAGGAUGAGGAGAGUGAAGAGAUUGAGAGCCAGGAAGGGAGGGAUAUGAAGGUGUCAUCACCGUCGGUCGGUGAACCUGUUGAUAACAAGCAGACAAUUUUUCUGUCCGCGAGACAAACCUGCGCCGCCCCAGCUCCUCCGCCCAGGAAAAAACCCUUUCUCUCCGCACCCGACAAAGCACCGACCCCUGCUCCUCAUACGCCGCCUGAGGAUGUGGAGGAGGAAGACCUGGGUUGGGACAGCAGCGUCCAGGAGAUGGAGAUAUCUGUCGACAAGGAGGAUGACGAGGUGGAGAAGGAGAGGGAAGGAAUGUACGACCAGGUGGCAGACAACACGGAGCUCAGCCGGCCUCCUUCCAUCAGUGUUUCAGCAGAGGAUGUGACGGCCAAAGUAGCCCCAAAGAAGCCUAAAAGACACAGCAGCCCUAUGGCAUGGAUGCACAAGAAGGAAUCCACUGAGGAGAAAGAACGGGAGAAAAGGCAGAUACCACCUUUGCAAUAUUCUGUUUUGAAGGAGAGGGUAAAGAGGGAGCUGCCUCUCCCUCCAAAUGAGAAAAUGAGCAGAAACCUCCUCGCAGCUCAAACCAUUAAACCUUCUCGGUCCAGCCUGGGAAAACAUAAAGCCAAGUCAUUCUCUGCUGCCGACCUCGUCCGCCCGGACGGACAGAAGAGGAACUCUUUCAGGAAACUGCUGGACUUGAAGCUCUCUGUGAAGAAGCUGAUCGUAAAAGGAGGCCAGAACCCGGACUGCGCCGCAAAUGAAAAAGAACAAAGCGUAGACACUGAAGAGGACGCGUGUCCAAGCUUCCACCAGCAGCGCAGAGCUCAACGCAAGUUCUCCUGCCCGCUGAUCGGACUGGAGCAGAGUGUGGAUGGAGAUGAGUUUUCUCCUGGAGCAGAACAAGACGUUUACUAUGAGAACAUGCCGCACUAUGAGGAGAUAUCCGACUACAUGAAUGUAGGAACAGCACAGACAUCUCCGCAGGCCUCUUUCUCACAGGCUACAGAAGCAGACUGGCAGAACUCAAUGUACAAUGACGAGGGCAUUUAUGAGGAGCAGGAGCCGUACAUGUCCUUUGAGAAAAACCCAGGACAACAACAGAGUCCCAUACCAACAGACUAUGAUGAGAGAAGCUCUGUUGAUGAGGAGGUGGCACCCCUGGAUGAAGGUCCGUCAGAUGAUGACAUCCUGGCCAACACCUCAGAUGAAGAGGACGAGGGAGACAGCAGCUCCGUCUCAAGUAAAGGCGACCCAGAGCAGGUGGAGGAGAGCAUGACUGGACAGAAGAAGAGCAAGAUUCAGCACAUCGCUACAGAAAUAAUGAGCUCUGAGAGUGUGUUUGUUGAUGUCCUGAAGUUGCUUCAUGUUGACUUCCGUGACGCAGUAUCUAGAGCGUCUCAUCAGAGUGGGAAGGCUGUGAUUGAGGAGCGGCUUCUCAACCAGAUCCUGUACUACCUCCCACAGCUCUAUGAACUCAACCACGAUCUGCUCAGAGAGCUCAAGGAGCGAGUCGCCAAAUGGGAUGACAGUGCCCAGCUGGCAGACAUUUUCCUGAAGAAGGGGCCAUAUCUGAAAAUGUACUCCACAUACAUCCGCGAGUUUGACAAGAAUGUCGCUUUACUGGUCGAGCAGACUAAGAAGAACCAAGCGUUUGGCGCGGUGGUGCGGGAAUUUGAGGCUAGUCCACGCUGUGCUAACUUAGCUUUGAAGCAUUACCUACUGAAGCCUGUUCAGAGGAUUCCCCAGUAUCAGCUGCUGCUUACAGAUUAUCUGAAAAAUCUGUCUGAAGACUCUGCAGAUUACAAGGACACACAAGCUGCUCUUGGGAUUGUGAAAGAGGUGGCCAAUCAUGCCAACGACAUCAUGAAACAAGGGGAUAACUUCCAGAAGCUGAUCCAGGUGCAGUGCAGUCUGAAUGGACACCAUGAGAUAGUGCAGCCUGGGCGGAUCUUCCUGAAAGAGGGCGUCUUGAAGAAACUGUCCAGGAAGGUCAUGCAGCCCAGGAUGUUCUUCCUGUUUAACGACACCUUGCUGUACACCACUCCAGUUCAGUCGGGACAGUACAAGUUCAACAAAAUGUUGUCUCUGGCUGGGAUGAAGGUGAGCAAACCCAACCAGGAAGCCAAUCAGAAUGAGCUGAACAUCGAGAGUGUGGAGCGCUCCUUCAUCCUCUCAGCAAGUUCGGCCACAGAGCGAGAUGAUUGGCUUGAGGCUAUUUCAACCGCCAUCAGUGAAUACACCAAGAAGAAGAUCAGUUUUAUAUCUGGCAAACCUCCAGAAGAGGUAGAGCUGAGUGAUGGUGCUGAUGGUGCUCCUUUGGGUUCCAAAGCCCCCAUAUGGAUCCCUGAUCCCCGGACCACCAUGUGUAUGAUCUGCAUCUGUGAGUUUACGCUAACAUGGAGGCGGCACCACUGCAGAGCAUGUGGAAAGGUGGUGUGCCAGUCCUGUUCCUCCAACAAACACUGUCUUGAAUACCUGAAGAACCAGUUGGCACGAGUGUGUGACCAAUGUUUCCUUGAACUUCAACAGCAGAAAAAUGAACAAGCUCUAUCGGCAGCUGUUUCUCCUGGAAGCAGAGCAACCUUUGCCUUCAACAGAAGGCAGAAGAAGAUACCUGCGGCCCUCAAAGAGGUUUCUGCAAACACCGACAACUCCUCGAUGAGUGGGUAUCUGCAGAGGUCCAAGGGCAAUAAGAAGCAGGGGAAGAGGCUGUGGUUUGUCAUCAAAGACAAGGUCCUGUACACAUACGCUGCUAGUGAGGAUGUUGCAGCCUUAGAAAGUCAGCCCUUGUUGGGAUUUAUGUUGAAGGUUGAUCCAUCACAGAAGUUUCAGUUUAAGCUCUACCACAAAAACACGCUUCACUACAUUUUUAAAGCUGAUGACGUCCAAACAGCUCAGAGAUGGAUCGACAGAUUUAAAGAAGCCACCGUGCUCUAAUGUCAACAUAGUGUGUGCAGCUUUUUUUACACACUCUUCUGCCCUUUCCAGAAAAUGUUUUACCUCAGUGCUCUCUGAAUUUUGUACAAAGCAUUGGGAGACAGCAUAUUAGUUGCACUGGUAUAUGGUAUACUCAUACUAUGAGUACUCAUUGAGAUAGAAUAACCUGUGUUGUUUUGAAUGUUUACAUGAAUCUUUUCAAAUAUGCAUUUAUUGCUAAUCCUUUAGAAUUCUCUGUAGCCAUUUUAGGUUUUGAUUUAUGUCAGAUUUUAAUUGACUAGAAACCUUCUUUAAUCUUUUUAGCAGAUGGGUUAAAAGCCUGUUGUCAAUAGACUUGUAAUAUAUAAGGUCAAAGGCUAUCAUAUAGGUGUUUCUUCUUGUUUGGGAAUACCGUAAAAUCCGGUGUAUAUGAUGCACUUUUAAUACCUACUUUUUCAUCUUAAAAGUUGGCUGAGUCUUAUUAACAGGUGUGACCAAUAUACCAGUUUGUUUAUUACAUGCUGUAGGCCACACAAUGCAUCCUCAUGUUUGUUUGUUUAGGCAACUGUCAUCUCAUAUUUUCUGACUUUUAUUUGACUGCAAGACUAAAACAGUUCUCAUGGUGUUUCAGGGGAAUUUUCACUUUGUGGACAAAACUGUACCAUACUUUUUUUUGUUGUUGCACUUAAUAACUCAAAUUGCUGUAGAUAGUUUAUACAAACAACAUCUGUAAAUAUAGAGUACUGUAAAGUAAAUGUGGUGAAUGUCAGUUUUACUCUUUAACUCCGGUCACUGAAAUAAAUGUUUGUUAUACUGUG